CGCCAAUCAGGAGGUUCUGCCGCCCUCGCGUCCCCAUCGCGUCUCCACUCGACGUCUCAGGCACAUUUCACUGUUUGUUCCCUCCGACACCACAUCAUCACCUCCUCCUCCUCCAUCAUCCAUCCUCCAUCCAUCUCCAACCCUCCUGUCCAGACUACACCUCCCCACCUCUACGCCCCAGUCCAGUCCAACCCAAGCCAACCCAACCACCCCACACCCACUGCCUGUUGGCAACCCACUCAAUCCCUCCCGACCCGGUCGGCGAGCCGGUACAACACAACACAACAAAGAUGGCCUCCUCGCAAGCCUUCGGCACGCGCUCCUAUGCCGCGGGCAAACUACCCGACCGCUCACUCAACGCGAACCCCAACACGCUCCCCUUCAGCGCCUCCUCGUUCUCGCGCCAUCGCAGCAUCGGCCCGGGGGCCAGCGACUUCCCCGACGCGAAAGCCGGACAACAGGCGCCUCCGCCGCCCGUUCACACGCAGGCUGGGCCUGGCGGUGGUGGUGGUGCUAGUGGGCCCGGGGGAGCGUCGCAGGAUACGAAUCCGUUGGGGAGGUUGACGGAGGAGCAGAGGGAGGAGAUUAAUGAGGCUUUCACCCUCUUCGACCUAGACCGCGACCGCCACCUCGACUACCACGAACUCCGAGUGGCCUUCCGCGCAUUAGGCUUCACACUGCCCAAACCGGAACUGAUCUCACUCCUAACGACGUACGGCGUCCCGCGACCCCAAGUCCAACAGCAGCAACAACAGCAACAACAACAAUCCUCCGCCCACCCGCACCAACAGCCCCCGACCCAGAAAAGCCCCGCCACAUCCAACCCCCAACACCCCAGCAACCUGCUCAUGCCGCUGAGCGCAUUCCAAGCCGUCACCGCGCUGAAGAUCCUGGAACGCGACCCCAGAGACGAGAUCCUGCGCGCCUUCGAGCUCUUCGAUGAGGGCGGGAAGGGAUACAUUGAUCUGGAGGAUCUGAGGCGCGUCGCGAGGGAGUUGGGCGAGACGGGCCUCGAGGAGGAGGAGCUCAGGGCCAUGAUUGAGGAAUUUGAUCUGGAGGGCGUGGGCGGUGUUACCCGCGAGGCGUUUGUGGGGAUUUGUUGGCAGUGAAUUGUUUUUCUUUCUGUUGGGUUGCUUGGGGGUCUUUUUUUUUUCUGUCUUGUCUUGUCUUUUCGGGGGGUAGGUUGGAGAUAUAUAAGUGGAUGGGAUGGAAUUGAAUUGAGGGGUUGGUUAAAAUGAACUCCGAUCAUCAGUUCUGAAGAUACAUACAUACCACCCUGAUAAAUGGUGGGAGGAUGGGGAUGGUGAUGGGGAUGGUUGAAAUGCAGCCUGGGACCUGUAUCACCUAUCGGCUCCUGUUAGUUACUAUAUUUCUUCCUGGUUCUGUCUGCUCUGCUGUUAAUUACUUACAGUUACUUUACUUAUUUCCUCUCUCGUCAGGCAUUUUAGGCAUGGGUCGG